AUGUCUCAAACAAUAACAACAAUCUCGGAGAUACACUACGGAUGUCCGGGAACAGCGAUACAGGUUCGAAUAUUACGCAUGUGGACCCCACAAAUAAGGAGUCAGGAAACAUGGUUCUUAGCUGUUGACAAGAAUGUUCAAUGUCCAAAUUGCAAGAUUGCAACUUUUAAACAAUGGGAAAAUUGGUUCUGCCCUUCAGAUGACAUUCUCAGUUCUCCAACUACCACGUUCAAACUUAGUGCAAUCAUUACAGAUGAAAUUCAGUCAAUGACCAUUGUGCUUUCUGAUAAUGCAACACAAGACUUAUUUGGUACAACAUCAGAUAAGCUUAUAUCACAUGAUAACAUAAACCACAGGAAAAUUUUACCUCCAAUUGCCAGUGCUUUACAAGGAAUUCCCAAGAAAAUGAAAUUACGUAUGACUAAUACAUCAACGGACAACAACAUCCGCUUCAUUAUUACAGAUAUUGACAAAUCCCCCUCUGAAGAAAAAAUUCCCAUACGGACACCACCAACGCAACAGUCAACAUCUUCAAAACACAAUGAAAAGGAGUCAACUUCCAUCCCCCAACAGGGUAGACUGAAUGUUAGAAGAUCCCUACCAUUUGAAAGCCAAGAUACAGCAACUACAAAACGCAAAACCGCACGGAAGACAUAUUAG